CUCAAGAGGCAGACAGUUGAUUUGGUAAGCCCCUUUUUUCCUGAGCAGCCCAGAAGAGCUUUCUCUUUGACACAGACUAUUGUUUUGUGACAACUGUCUUGGAUCUGGACAUAUUCCUCUGUCAUAUUUCAAUAUAGCUGUCUAGAUUGCCAGAAAAGUGGGUGGAGAGUGCUCUUUUUGACAACGGGAAAUUUCCUAACUGCUGGUGUCAGAGCGUGGUCAUGACAGCUGAGACAGAAAGGGUCAUGUCAGGAGAGGUGAAGACAGACGGUUUGCCCCUGAAUCCUCUGCGCACGGCAGCUGGCCCUGAGCCAGAGCUGCUGUGUAUCUUCGGGACGGGGGACCUGGGGCGUUCUCUGGGCCAGCGUCUGCUCCAGACUGGCUACAGGGUCGUGUAUGGCAGCCGCAGACCUCACAGCUGUGGCCCUGUGCCUCAGGGAGCUCAGGUGUUGAGCCAUGCAGCAGCUGCCCAGUCAGCCAAACUGGUCUUUAUUUGUGUUCACAGAGAACACUAUGACUUCCUGGAGGCACUUGCACCUCAGCUAAAGGGGAAGGUGCUGGUGGAUGUCAGUAACAACCUGAAGAAGAAUCUAUACCCAGAGGCCAAUGCAGAGUAUCUGCAGAGGCUCAUUCCUGGAGCCUUUGUGGUGAAGGCCUUCAACACCUUGUCUGCCUGGGCUCUACAGAAUGGACCCUCAGAUGCCAAUAGACAGGUGUUCCUGUGUGGAGACAGUGCUGAGGCGAAGCAGCAGGUUUCAGAUGUGGCCACCAGGCUGAGCUUCAGUGUUGUGGACCGGGGCUCUCUGUCAGCAGCCAGGGAGCUGGAGGAUUUCCCCCUGCAGCUGUUUCCAGAGUGGAGGCUGCCGCUAUGGAUAGCCACUGGCCUCACCGCCUCCUUCUUCUUUUACGCUGUCAUCGUAGACAUUGUCUACUCAUAUGUCACAUACAAAAAAGACACUUCCUUCAGAAUCAUGGUGUCCCUGGCCAACAAGGUGUUCCCCAUUGUGUCUCUGAUCAUGUUGUCUCUGUGUUACCUGCCUGGUGUUCUGGCCUCCUUCUUCCAGCUGUACAGAGGGACCAAGUACAGGCGCUUCCCCGACUGGCUGGAUCGUUGGAUGCUGUGCAGGAAACAGCUUGGUCUGUUGGCACUUGGCUUUGCCUCUCUACACGUGCUAUACACCCUGCUCAUUCCCAUACGAUACUAUGUGAGAUACAAGAUUAAAGAUAGCACUGUCAAGACGAUCAGGGAGAACAAGACAGUCGACUUUGAGACCAGCACAGCCUGGUACACUGACUCCUACUACUCCAUGGGUAUUCUGGGAUUCGGCCUGUAUGUCAUUUUGGGAAUAAGCUCUCUCCCCUCCGUCAGCAACGCCCUCAGCUGGAGGGAGUUCAACUUCAUACAAUCCAAGCUGGGCUACCUGACACUGUUCUUCUGCACCUUCCACACCUACCUGUUUGGCUGGAACAGAUUUCUUCGUUCCUCUACAUACAAAUUUUGGGUUCCACCUCCUUACAUGCUGUGCCUGGUGGUGCCUACAGUUGUGUUGCUGCUGAAGCUGCUGCUCCUCCUCCCCUGUGUGGACCGCACCGUCACCCGCAUACGGCAGGGCUGGGAGAGGAACGAGCCUGAGGACGAGAGCAACAAAGCCCUACUUACAUAAGACUAUCACACAUAUACACGCAUGCAUACACAAGCACACACACAGAAGACACAAAUACAGACAAACACAGGCACCAACGGGACUUCCUACAGCUCUAUCAUUAGAUCAUCCCAGCUCAUUGUUUUGGCUGUCAUAUGUCCAAGACUAUGCAAUCAGAGCUAUUGUUCAGCUCUCUGUUGUGAAAAGCCAACAGAGAAAACACUCACAGAAGCAUGCCAUUUCAGAAUCUAUUUUUAUAACCACGUCUGAGGGAUCCCUUCUUGUAAAUAUAAUAUGCAAGAGGAUGAUAGUAAUCUAGUUUCCACUGUUUCUCUCAUAUUUAGCUGUUUUCAGACGCACACACAUGACCAUCUUUUUGUUGUGGUGAACUAUAUUGAUUGCACCCAUGUUCAUUCAGUAUAUUAUAGCAGACCUUAUUGCUGCUUGUAUCAGUGGAUCAAUUUGAAGUUCUCAGUUUUUAACACCUUUGAUUUUCUCAUCAGCGUCAGUGUAUGUGUGUGUGUGUGUGUAUAUAUAUAUAUAUAUAUAUAUAUAUAUAUAUAUAUAUAUAUAUAUAGCUUGUCAUCUUUUUCUGUACAUUGUGAGUUAUUGCUUUGAGGCCCCACAGCCAUAAUUGCUUUUUUUAAAUUAAUGUAAUGUGAAACUUUGUUGUAAAACAAUCUUAUAAGUGAUAUAAUAAAAUAAAAUCAACCUUA